AGGCACUUGGAGGAGCCUGAUUGCUGGAGAAGAACAGUCAAUCGUUUCUAGAAAGUCCCUAAGCCAACCGGCUUGCCCUAGUGAAGGAGGCACAUCUGCACUCUCCCGUCUAGAGAGAGGGGGCUCUGUGCUCUGGAUCCAGCACAGGGGGAGCCCAGACACUUUCAAUGGAGGAGCAGCCUGGUCACCACCACCAUCAUCAUCAUCACCUCCACCACUCAUCGUCCUCACACGGCACCUACUACUACUACAGCACCCCCAGCCUGCAGCAUGGAGCAGAGGGCAACCUCAGAUAUCAGCCAAAGCCGCUAAAACAUGACCACAAACACGCCCUACAGCACCAGGAAGCACACCAGAAGAAAACAGGACAUGGAGAGAUAAAUGGUACUACAGGAGACCGACACAACCCUACAAGGAUCCUGGGUUCUGAGAAAUCUGCAAACCAGACUGCCUCUAGUGUUACGAACGGCAGCCAGCAGACCACUGCCGACCUUAACACCAAUUCUAGGCACUUAGCCAAGACUAUUAAUUUUGGCAAAACGAGUAACAAGACUAAAACCUUGCUCCAAAAAAACAGUAUGGACAAAAAGAAUGACAAGACCUAUGAAAGCAAACCUAAAGAUAUCAAAUGCACAGAGAAAGUGGAGGCUGGGCUCAUUCAAAAUGGUUUGCUUUCAAAUAACUCUGGUUUUAUAACUAAUGGCUAUGUGAGCAAAGGUGCAGAAAAUGAUGGCAGUGGGUCUGAGAGUGGAUAUGCCACACCCAAGAAAAGGAAAGCUAAGUGUACCAAUGCCAAGCCUGCUGAGAACUCCAACCUUCUGACUGGCAAAAUGUCAGACCCUGAAUUUAAGCUGGAUUCUGACAAUUUAAAAUCUGAUGGUUUUGCAGAGCAGAAAGGAGGGUCUCGACUGGACAAUGGUAAAGCCUCUUGGAAAUGCGAGUCUGGCACUGGUCGGGGAAAACCAAACUCUGGUGAUCUACAGAGGAAAAACUCAGAUGCCAAACCUAUUGCUGGAAAAAAGUUUGAUGACCGGCCCAAAGGGAAGGCUUCCCCAGUCACUUCCUCUAAAGAGGACUCCUGGACACUGUUUAAACCACCUCCUGUUUUUCCAGUUGACAAUAGUAGUGCUAAAAUAGUUCCCAAAAUAAGUUAUGCAAGCAAAGUUAAAGAAAACCUCAACAAAGCAGCCCAGAACAACUCUGUGUCACACUCUUCCCUUACUUUCUCUUCUCAAGCUGGGGAAACUCCACCUUCGAACUGCGUGUCCCAGGUUCCCAUGUCUGCCAUGAAGUCUGUAUCUACAGUUAAUUUUGCCAAUGGACCCCUUUUAGUAGGAGCUGAUGGGGGUUUUAUGGCUGCUGCUGCUAGUACUGUAUCACACACACUGCCUGGGGGAGCAGAGCCUUCGUCUACAGAAUCCUCUCCUGCCUCUUCAAAUCCCCCUGAUCAAAAGAAAUCUGGCCUUUUUACCUUUUCUUCUAAUAUGCAACAUGCCCUGCCUGAGGUGGUGCAGGGAGAAUCGUCUGGACUGUCAAAUCAACACAGCUUGGGAGAAAUUUUCCAGAAUCAGUGGGGCUUGUCGUUUAUAAAUGAACCUAGUGCUGGCCCUGAGGCUGGAACAGACAAAAAAGAGGUUGGGCCUAUGGUCUGGGAGAACUCUACCCCACAGGUUUCACAGGGGGCUGAAAUUGUUUCCUCAGGAAAUGAGUGCCCAGUUUUCCCCAAGGCCUAUGAGCUGGAGAAACGGACUAGCCCUCAAGUUCCUGAUGGUGCCACGCUGAAAGCGGCUCAUGGGUCAGGGGGAGAUGGGACUGUGUUAUCUUUAGAACCACAACAUUUAGGAGAGCUGCAAAAGCCUGAAGCUGCUAGCCAGGGUUCAUUAGUGUUUCAGUCCAAGGUCUUGGAAAUAGAAUUAACUCUUCCGACCUCCCUGAAAAACACUUUACAGACCUCCGCCAAAGAUAAGAGGUACCACGGAGAUCUUGAUUGCAAAGAUAGCUGGGGUUCUUUUGACCUGAGGGCUGCUAUUAUCUAUCACACUAAAGAAAUGGAAUCUAUUUUCAACUUGCAAAAACAAGAUCCCAAUAGGAUAAUCACUUAUAAUGAAGCCAUGGACCACCCUGAUCUCUGAGACUACUGCCUUGGGAUUGCUGGCUUUUUUUUCCUAAGUCAUUUCAUCAGUGCAUGAGAGACGAUAUCUGGCUAUCAUGCCCCGUUCUUUAAUGUGCGCUUAACCACAAGGGAGAGAACAAACACAAAAGGAACCUAAAAAAAAACAUCAGGACAUUGGAUAUAUAAUUAUAUAAAUAUAUAUACACAUGCAAAUAUAUUUUGUUUAGAUAACUAUGUAUACAAAAUUCUAUAUAUAUAUAAAUAUAUAGUUAUUUAAACAAAUUAAAGUAGCAAUGAUAUUCAAAAAUCUUUGAUCCAAUCAGGAAGCAAAACAUAUUUUUCCCAAAGGGGGAAUAGAAAAUUAUUUAAUCACUGGUACAUGUUUUACUUUCUCACUUUAAACCAUACUUUUUUUUUGCAUUCAUUUUUUUUUUUUUUUUUCAUCAUCUUCAAAACUAAGUGAAUAAAGUUGAAAAGUAUCUUCGCAGACAUGCUCUUACCAUUGGGAUAACUUGUGCGGAGUCUCAUGAAGAAGAAAAUAAAUAUUGCUUAUCUGCUUAAUUUGCCAACAACCAGAGAGAGCACAUCGUGUUUGAGGAAUAUUCCAACAGCCACAGUCUUAUACUUCACUUUCUAUGUAUCUUUAUGUUACUGGCUUCUACAUACAACACGUAUCCCUGCUUAAAAAAUAUUUAAAAAAAGAAGAAAAAAAAAACAUUUUUAGGUUUGAAAAUAACAGUUUAUAUAUAAUUUUUUUAAUUACUUUUCUGUUUUCUUCUGAGACUUCAAAAGUAACGACUAUAAAAGGAAAAAAUAAAAUAAAAAAAGCUGUCUUAACACAAUUUUUCACGAUUUUUUGGAACUGGAGACGCACUUUUUGAAUUCUGGAAAACAAUUCGGACAAGCAGGUUUCUUAAGUUUGACCGUUUGGAAUUUGUCCCAUCCAUUGAAGACUAGUAAACAGAAAUGCUUUAAAUGUAAAGAACAAAAAGCAAAAAAAAAUAGAUUUAAAAAAAAUAGCGAACUCAAAAUAAAGUAAUCUAUUUAGGCAUUUAAUAUAUUUAAAAGAUAUAUAAAGAGUAAAAUCUGUUCCCUGUUUGAUGUCAUUGUAUAAAACGGGAGCAAGUUGAGUGAGGCAGCUCUGCACUAUGGCUGCUUCAUCCCACUGUGUGUUGAAAAUAUCUGUUUGAUUUUGUUUUCUGCUUUUAUGUUUCCUUGGAUUUCAUGAUAUCCACCAACUACAGCAACAUUUGUGGCGACAUGGAUUUUCCAUUUUAGUUUUUUUCCUUUUUAACUGUAUGCUACAAAUGUCUUUAAUGAUUUUCAAAAAAUAUUGGCCGUUCCCCCUUCACUUGAGGGACAAUAUUGGAAGCAGGACUUGAGCAAUAAAGGUAUUGACCCUUUCCUUUAGAGUGGCCUGCAGUGCAUUGGUUACUAGAAGAGUUGUAACGGAAUGGGUGCAGGUUUAGAGAAACUUUUUUUUUUUUUUUGCCUUCUUUUAAGGGCAUUUUUGCUUUAUAACUGUUGCUUUGUCUUUGGGCAGUGUCCUUACCUGUUUACUUUUAUCUUGAUCAGCCUUGCGGAGCACCCUGGGAUUGCACAGAGCUGGGCUUCUAUGCAAGCAAUAGUUGUGAGUGCCUCUGCAAAUGAAACACAAACCGUCUUUUGGAAUUGAAUGGUGCUAUAUACAUAGAAUAUUUUUUCAUGUUGCGGGCCCCUCCAAUAUUUGAAGGGGUUAAUCUCUUGGUUGCAAGAAGUCCCCUAAACACCAAUUGUAGAGAUGAUGCUGUGUACCAGUUUACUAUUGAAUUUAUCAGGUUAAAGUGUAGCUCUGCCUUUUUUGCACUUUUAUUUUGAGAGAGAGAAAUCUUAUAUAACAGAACAGUGAGAUGGCAAAUAUUAACAUGAAUUUAAAAAUGACUCCUCACCUGUGUUCUUGUAUGUCCUGUAAGUAUCCAUUUUGCCCAAUAGGAGGUGUUCAUAGUCUACCCUUAAUGUAAACCUUUCCCCGGGAUAAAUGAGCUUUUAAAAGCCCUUUCUGACCUCCUGUAACCCCAGGUACUGUAGAGAAAUUAGUCCUCAAGGUUCUCAACUGAGGCAUUGGAAUUUCAGCUCAUGUCCCCUUGCUUCCUCUAGCAGCCUUGACAAGACAGUCUUCUAAUGUGAACACUUCUGCAACUGGGCUUCACACAUUUUGUGUUCUUUUAAGGAUGAAAUGCUUCACAGUACCUGUGGCUACAGAGGUUAUUAACAACUUGUUUUAAAGCUCAUUUACUGAUAAUUGUUAGGCAUAAGUAAAACGUCCAUAGUCUGGGCACAGUGACAUUAGAAAAUGGUUCCAGUAGCAAAGAUUGUUAGUGCUAUUCCUUGCCUGUUUUCUUCUGUUAUACUAUUACAAGCUGUGAAGUGUCCAUUAUGCCAGUGGGACGUGUUCAAAAUUUGAACAGAUUACAGCUGUCUUCACUUAAAAGGAAAUAUUUUCUAAGUAAAAGCUGUCACUGCUGAAAAAUCAUUCUGAACAUUAUUUGCCUGUCAUGCAAACCCUUUUGCUUCCAUACUUUCAGCCACUAAUUCAGAAUUGGUAAUGCAGGGCUUUUGACACUCCUCAUGCAUACUUGUUCCAGUAAAGUAGCUCAAAAGAUAUUAAAGUCAGGGGGUCAGCGCAGCAGCCAGCCAGUUGUUUGUUUUUCCUAGAUCAUCAGCGACAGCCCCCACCAUUUCACCAAAGGUUUACAUUGGUGUAUAAUAGUAAUUUAAUGUGCGUAUUUUUUUUUUUUUUUAUUCCUUUUCGGCACAAUGGAUACUUUUAAUAAUGGACUUAACAAAGAUAUUUUUUAAAUUUUUUUUUUUUUUUAUGUUUUUGGUGAAUGCAGACUAGGUAAUGUGUAAUUGCAAAACUUACAAAUGGCAUUCCUUUAACAAAGUUCACGGCACCCCAUGACAAUGCCUUCAUCUGCUUAUCUCUUCCGAAGGCUGGCACCAUCUUUGUGCCUGUGCAGCACUUUGUUGUGCUCAGAAAUGUUAGACACGGAUCUCUCCCCUAUUGCUGUCUCUCACCUUGUGGCUUUCUAUAAUAUGGCAGUUUGAUUAUUGGGGUAGAGGAGAUGUUUCCCCCUGCCUGUAGAAAGCUGAUGAUGUUUCAGCCUAGGCAAAAUGCCUUUUCUAGCGUUCAAAUGCUGCUUUUUAAAGCAGGCUAUGCAAUAAAAGGGUCCACUUAUCACAUCAUGGCCCCCACCCGUAUACAAAAUUGUAGUGGUAAAGUGUAAUAUAAAGCCCCUGUUUAAAAAAAGCCACUCCUAGUGGCUAGGCAAGGGUGACAUCACGAUCCUUGCAGUAAGAUUCUGAUCAGUGCUGAGCAUCUAAUCUGCCCAGGUUGACAUUCCAGCACAGUGGCAGGAUUUGAGAUCCUCCCUUAUUCCCAGACUCAUACUGGAAGUAUUAGGAUGUCAUCUUGCCUAGGUAAAAGGAGUAAGGCAGGUAUGUGUUUUUUUUUUGUUUUUUUUUUUUUACCUUGUUUUUCCUUUUGCAUAUGUUUUUACUGUGAUAAGCCUUGAUGUAAUAAGUGGUUUUAGUGCAAGGUCUGCAUAAAAGGUAGAGCUUUUUUGAAAAAUGAUACUGUUGUUUGUUGUAACAGGUAAUUUCUCUGUAGAUUUAUUGAAAGGUCCACUUUAACAGUGAAUAAAGGAAUAAAGUAACCAAACUGGUAAAUAAUAGAUUUCACAAGGUUGAUUAUACUACUGGCCUGACUUGUAGUAUAAAAUGUUGUCAAUGUGAUAAAAGAUGGCAUUACACUUUAAAAAAAAAAAAAA